UACCAAAAAUAACCAAUUUGUGAGCCACACCUCCGAAUCUCUCCAUUCAAAUAAUCCGCCAGCCCACGUUUACGUGUACACAAAGGAAGGAAAACAUGCAAAUGGUUCGAGUCACGGCCGUGGUGGUCGUCGUCCUGAUGGCUGUGACGGAGGCUGCGGGGCGUCCGAAGGCGGACGAUCCAUGCUCCGUCACCGACUUCCCCGUCCUCUGCAAGUCCGCCGUUAAGAAUAUGAAGGACCCUCUCUCCGCCACGGCGGCCGCCAUCAACGCUCUUCUUCCGUUGACGGAAAAGGCGAAGGCCGAAGCCCAGAAGGGAAAAAGCGACGGCGGAUUCUCCAUCUGCCUCUCCAACUACGACAGCGCCAUCGACAAUCUCAACAAGUCUCUGAAGAACAUCAGAGAAAAUGACGGUUUUAGCCUCAACGUCAACCUCAGUGCCGCUUUGACUAACUUCGAGACCUGCAACGACGCCGUCGAUGGCUCUCCGGCGGCUAAAGACAUCGCCAAGUCCGCCGGAGUUUUGAGACAGAUGGCUGAUAACUGCCUGUCCCUCUCCACACUUCUCCCGCAGUAACGGCGAAAACAUAACCAAUGAAGAGGUGUGCGAGGACUUCGGAAGCAAUCAAGAAAAGACAUUUGAUCUUCUUUUUUUUUGUAAAUAACAUUUGGUUUUUAUUUGGGGGUCUUGUUUUCGUUUAAGACUCAUGAAGCUCUUUUUUUAUAUUUGAUUGAUUACACAGGGAGAGAGAAAAAACUGAAAAAAAAAAAAACAGAGGACAGACAAGAAAUUUCUGUGUAGGGAUGUAAAACGGGUUCACCCGGUUCGGUCCACUCGAAUCUGUGCUGAUCUUAUAUU